UAAAAUCACAAACCAAAACCAUAGUAUGUAGACACAUGUACUAGCUAGUCAUUAAAAAUAUUAUGGCCGGGUUACAUGUCUGUUUUUUAUCAUGCUUAGGUGUUAUUUAGAUUUCUACUCACUCUGGACAUUAUUUGACAAAACUAGUCUCAAUUCACUCGAUCACUCAAUAUAGCAAACACAGGCACAAACUGCAGAAACAGAAGAUGGCAACAGAAGUGCUCAAAAUCUAUGGUGAUCGGAAGUCACAACCCACCCGCGCUGUCAUGCUCUUUUGCAAGUCCAUCAAAACUUCCGCGUGCGUCCUCAAAUUUCUAUCAUGGUACCAGAGCCGGAAAGUGAUUACGAAAAAAGAAUUGAAGACCAAAGACCCAAGAUAUGAAGAAUUACAAGAUUUGAAGAAAAUAGGGAACAUAGCAAGAGAAGAAGAGAGACUUAAUGGAAUUGAUUUCGAGGAGUUCACCGUUGAGUUAUUCAAUCAAGAACACUUGUCUCCUCAAUUUGAAGAGAUAAAUCCUGUGAAAGAAAUUCCUGUUAUAUUUCAUGGGGAUUUUAAGUUGUCCGAAAGUCAUGCGAUCCUUAUAUACCUUGCUUCCGCGUUUCCUGAUGUCGCAGAUCAUUGGUAUCCAGCUGAUGCGAAGAAGAGAGCUCUUAUCCAUUCUGUGUUGGAUUGGCAUCAUUGCCAUUUACGCCGUGGUGCAAUGGGAUAUCUUCUGAAUACAAUACUUGGCCCAGCACGCGGUCUUACAAUGAAUCCUCAAUCUGCUCUUGAAUGUGAAAAGAUAUUGAAGUCUGCAUUGUCGAAUCUGGAGUCUUUUUGGCUUAAGGAUACAGGAAAAUACUUAUUAGGUUAUGAUCAAUCAUCUAUUGCCGAUCUUAGCCUUAUAUGUGAGCUUAUGCAGUUUGAGGUUUUGGACGAAGAGGAGAAAAACAAGAUAUUCAGCCCGUACAAGAAAGUUCAGCAAUGGAUGGCGGACAUAAAAACCGCUACAAGGCCUCAGUUUGAUGAUGUUCACCAACAUCUUCUGUUUGUGGACCGCCCUCGGUUUAGAGAAGCUGUAGGUAGAAGUGCAAAUUAAUCAUCAGUUUGUUAAGUUAGGAGAUCCUAUACAUUUUUGUUUGCUGUAUGAUAUGUUGUUUACGUUCCAAGUUUCAAGAAUAAAUAUAGGAACUAGUUUGUUUAAUUAAGAGUAGCUCCAAGCUUAUAAGUUGGACAUAUUGUAAAUUUAUAAAUUAUAACCUUCUACUUUAAUGUCGGACAAUUCUACUGUA